UUAAGGGUGGACGUGAAUUGCUCCGAAUCCUACGUUUAAGGUGACGGAGAGGAAGCAGACACUUGUGUGUUUAAGGAUGGUGAGAUUUAAAGUGGGAAAGAAAUGGUAUAACGAGUUGAAAGGUGGGAGAGAAAUUGUUGGUUGUGUUUGUGAUUGUGAUUGUGAUCAUUGAUCAUCGUGGUGUUGCGGCAUUGGCUGGCUGUGGUGGCGCGCUGCGGUGGCAAGGCAAUGGCAUACAGAAGAAGACACGGAAUAUCCAGAGCUUCCACCUUCAAGGAAGAGAUUCGACAUCAUACAGAUGAUGAAAAUGGUUCACCUACAUCUUCCUCACCCCUCGCUGUUCAGGCCAUCAAAGCCUCUGCUGCUCGUCGUGAUCCCUCUCUUCACCUUGCUUUCCCCAAAUUUGAACAUGACCAUCACAGAUCCAAGAGCUGUGAUAACAAUUACGUGGUGGCGGAUGUUUCGAAAUCCGGCGUGUGGGGCGUCCUCGCUCAGAAAGCCAAAGAAAUUCUGGAGGAGGAUAAGUCAUCCCCAAACCCACACCACGACGCCAUCUCCUCCGAAAAACUCAAAACACACUCUUUCAAUACAUUUUCUUCUCUCGAGGGCAUAGAGAGCAAAGCAUCAGGUCGAGGAUCUCCAACGAAGCCAAAGGGAAUUUCUCUGUCCAACUCAAAGUCACAACUAGCUCCUUCGACGUGGAAUCCAUGGCAACAACCACCCCAGACAGGAGACCCUCAAGCCAUCCACGCAACACAACUCAAGGCAUCUCGCGACGUUGCAAUGGCAACAGCUGCAAAAGCAAAAUUGCUUCUGCGAGAGCUAAAGACAGUGAAAGCAGAUUUAGCUUUUUCUAAAGCACGCUGUGCUCAACUGGAAGAAGAAAACAAAAUACUCCGCGACCGCGAGGGUAGCGAGAAAGGCGAAACCGUUAACCGUGCAGACGAUGAUUUGAUCCGGCUUCAACUAGAGACACUUCUUGCGGAGAAGGGUCGGUUAGCGAGUGAGAAUGAGGUGUAUGCUCGAGAGAAUCGUUUUCUACGGGAGAUUGUGGAGUACCAUCAGUUGAGUAUGCAGGACGUGGUGUAUUUUGAUGAAGGCAUGGAAGAAGUUUCAGAACUUUAUCCCAUAGAUACCACUUGCAUUUCUACACCUAGGGUAGAGUUCCCCAUGUCACCACGCUCACCCUUAAAUCCAGGCUCCCAGAAAAAAUCAAUAUUUUCUGUGUCACCACAACAGCAGCGUCAACGACAGGAAGAAGACGAAGCAGAAGAUAAUAACAACAUUGCAUCAGAAUUAAAUGAACAUGCAGUUACAAAUUGAUGGUCCUUAUAUAUAUUUUUGACAUUUGUAGUUUGGUUUAGCCUUAGAUGGGUUCCUUUACUUGUGGAAAACAAUUAUUGUUUUCACUUGUUAAAAUCUGGGAAGAUUAAACUAGCUAGGAAUG